AUGGCUACCCGACGCCAGGAUACGAUUGUUGCGGACUAUGAUGUCGCCAUCGUUGGCGCGGGUAUCUCCGGCAUCAAUUUCGCGUACAGGCUGCAGGAGCGCAACCCGGAGCUGAGCUACUGCAUCCUCGACGGGCGGCACCAGGUGGGCGGGACGUGGAGCCUGUUCCAGUACCCGGGCGUCCGGUCGGAUUCCGACCUGUACACGUUCGGCUUCCCCUGGCGGCCGUGGGAGGAGAAGCAGCCCAUCGCCCGCGGCUCGCUCAUCCUCAAGUACCUCGAGGCGUCUGCUGCUGAGGCGGGCAUCGACGACAAGAUCAAGUUCAACCAUCGGGUCGACAGCAUGGACUGGUCCUCGGCGUCGUCGACCUGGACGCUCAGCGUGACGGCCGGCGGUGGCGCCGACAAUGUCGUCUCCAUGCGCGUCCGGUUCGUGCUGCUCGGCACGGGAUACUACGACUACGACGAGCCGCUCGAGGCCCGUAUCCCCGGAAUAGACAGGUUCCGGGGCACCGUCGUCCACCCCCAGUUCUGGCCCCGGGACCUGGACUACACCGGCAAGAACGUCGUCGUCAUCGGGUCCGGCGCCACCGCCAUCACGCUGCUCCCCAGCAUGGCCGACAAGGCCGCGCACACGACCAUGCUGCAGCGGUCGCCCACGUACAUCCUCGCCAUGCCCGAAAACGACCCUCUCGACAGGGCCGCCCGGCUCUUGCUCCCCGGCGCGCUGGCCCGGAGACUGAUUCGCUUCAAGUGGAUCCUGUCGGCGUUUCUUCUCGCAACCGUGUGCCGGUGGUUCCCGCGGCUUGCCCGCGCCGUCAUCCUCUGGCGGACGUCCCGCGAGCUACCGAGCGGCACCGGAAUGAAGCCUCACUUCACCCCGCGGUACAACCCCUGGGAGCAGCGCAUGUGUAUCAGCCCGGGCGGCGACUUCUUCCGGUGCCUGCGCGCCGGCAAGGCCAGCGUGGAGACGGGCGUCAUUGAGCAAGUAACCGAGAACACCAUCAGGCUCGAGUCCGGCCGGGAACUACACCCAGACAUCAUCGUCACCGCCACGGGGUUGAAGGUCCAGCUCGCGGGGGGCAUCGACGUCUCUCUCGACGGCAGGCCCGUCCACAUGCCCGACUGCUACUCGUGGAAGGGAUGCAUGCUCGAGAACCUGCCCAACCUGUUCUAUUUCAUGGGAUACGUCAACGCGAGCUGGACACUCGGCGCCGACGCCACCGCCCAGCUCGUCUGCCGCCUUCUGAACAGGAUCACGAGCGACGGCUUCGCGCACAUAGUACCCCGGCUGAGCGAGGCGGAAAAGAGCACCAUGUCCGAGCUUCCUUUUCUGCCUCUCAACUCAACCUACGUGGACAAGGGCAAGAAUGUCUUUCCCAAGGUGGGCAACAUCAACCCAUGGCUUCCACGAUCAUACUAUUGGAAGGAUCUCGCCAGUGCAUGGUGGGGAGACGUGCAAAGCGGGUUAGAAUGGUCAACAUAGUUUUUUCAUCAUUAGUCACUACUCUUUGUCCAUGCAAGUGCCAGGA